CCAACUCAAAUCUGUCUUUUCAGAGUAUUCAUGGUUUCUGUGUUAAGAACAGUUUUGGUUUUUAGUAUGCCAACAAACCCCAAUCCUCUUCCUCACUCAUCUCUUCUAAUCUCUUUCUACUUUGAGUUAAGCCACUAAAUUUUAGCCUUCUUUUCUUUCGAAAAAAAAAAAUGCAAUUUUAACCAAAUAAUAGACCCACCGAUUAUUUAUUUAUAUUAUAAUGGACACAGGACCACGAAGGAAAGCAGAUUUUUUUUUUGACUACUUUUUCAUUACUUAAUUAUUUAAUUAAUUUUCAAAAUAAAGUUGAAAUGAAUAUGCUUGAUUGCUUUGCUUUCAUAUUUUUUCUCCAUCAAUCUUUCUUUUUUUUUCUCUCUCUCUCCCGGCCCUAUUUUUCUCUCACGAAAACCAAUUAAUGUGAAUAAACAAACCGAAGGCUAUGAAUGAAUGAACAUUGAAGUGAUUUCAUUUUCUUGCUUUAAUUUCAUCUGUAUUUAGUUAGCGGGCCAAAAUAUAAAAUACCAUUAUUCAGAAACUAGCUUUUCAGCCAUUAAUGCCAUCUCUAAUCUUUGUUCUUAUCAGAAUAAUAAGAGAAAAGAGAAACCCUUCUCUUAUUUCUGCUCACUCUUCAAAACCCACAUUUUUAAAAUCACAACCCAAUUCCCAAAACCACUCAAAAAAAUAAAAAUCUUUACUGAAAAGGUUAAUGGGGAAGGGCUCUCCUUCAUCAGAGGAGUCGGAUGAGGCAGUAACAACUCAGUUGGAGCUAUUCAAGAAGUUUAAGCGGUUCAACCCACUUGAGUCAUCUCUUGGGCUUCUUGGGUUCGUUUUGGUCACUGUUAUCUUCAUCACCAGCUUCUUCUACUUGGAUUACGGAACUGUGGCUAGAGAGCUUCGCUCUGGUGGAACUGGUCUGAGAUGGCAUGACUCAUCGUUGUCUUCUUCAUCUUCUUUAUCAUCUUCCUCUUGUGAAAAUGAACGGCUGGGAUUUCUUGAUGAGGAUGGUGACAAGUGUGACGUGUUUGAUGGAAGUUGGGUAUGGGAUGAGAGUUAUCCACUCUAUGAGUCCCGAAAUUGCUCGUUUGUAGACCCAGGUUUCGCCUGUACUGAAAAUGGAAGAUUAGAUUCUUUCUACACCAAGUGGCGUUGGCAGCCCAAAGAUUGUAACUUGCCCAGAUUUAAUGGAACAAAGAUGUUAGAGAGCUUGAGGAACAAGCGGUUAGUAUUCGCAGGCGAUUCAUUGGGAAGGAACCACUGGGAAUCCCUCCUAUGUAUGCUUUCGGCUGCUGUUCCUAACAAGUCUUCCAUUUACGAGGUGAACGGGAAUCCAAUUGCGAAGCACUCGGGGUUCUUGAUCUUCAAGUUUGAGGAGUUCAACUGCACCAUUGAAUACUAUCGAUCACCAUUUCUAGUUGUCCAAGGCCAUCCUCCGGCUGGUGCUGCUGCAGAUGUGAAAUUCACAAUGAGAGUGGAUGAAAUGGACUGGAGUUCUGUACAUUGGAAAGAUGCAGAUGUUUUGGUUCUCAACACUGGCCAUUGGUGGAUUUAUGAGAAAACUAUACGAGAGGGAAGUUACUUUCAGGAAGUGGGGAAGGUGAAUAAGAAUAUGAGUGUUGAAACUGCUUACAGGAAAUCAAUCGAGACCGUGAUCGAUUGGAUUGAUGAUCAAGUGAAUUUGAACAAGACUACUGUCUUCUUCCGUACCUAUUCCCCUGUUCAUUUCAGAGGUGGAGAAUGGAACACUGGCGGCGGAUGUCACUUGGAAACACUCCCUGAUUUGGAUUCAGUUCCCAUUUCACCAGAAUCACAUUUUAGUACUACUGCUAAAGUAUUGGCAGAGCGAUUGAACAAAACUCGGUUAAUGGAUUUAGUUGUGUUAAACGUGACAGAAAUGACAUCAAGGAGAAAGGAUGGCCAUCCAUCAAUUUAUUACUUAGGGGCCGAGAAUGGACUGGCCCCUCUCAGCCAUCAAGACUGCAGCCACUGGUGCUUGCCUGGUGUGCCCGAUUCUUGGAAUGAGCUUCUAUAUGCCAUCUUCCUCAAGCGAGAAUUGAUUCGAGCAGGAAAUGCUACAAGUCCUAGCGAAUCUCCAUCGUAAUGUUGUGUAAAUUCUCACUGCUAUAUCAGUUUCUUAUUUAUUCUCAUUGUAUCUUCAAAUGCUGAGAAGUGAGAGUCGCAGAUGUUACUCGGCCAUGAAAUCAAAGCUUGGAAAGGUGAAAAUGCCGCAAGAUAGUAAAUCAUUGGUUUGAUCUUCAUGGGUGUGAUUCUUCUCAACAUGUUUCUCAAAAGGGUACAGUUCUUUUUGCUUCUACUUUUGAUGUCAGAUAUAGAAACUUUCAAGUCUUGGUACAGUUUAGAAGAAAUAUGUAUACAGUAAUACGUAAUUUCACUCUUGUAUUCUUUAAACAAAAAGAGAUAUAACGUACAUAAAUUUCAGUAAAUCGUGUAAGAAAAACUGAACCAUUGUUGAGAAUCAGGUAAAUUUGAGUCAUUUUAGGGGGUCUA